AUGUGGCCAACCUCGCAAAGUGUAGGACAGUUGCCGGUGGGCCGGACAGGUCAUGCCUGUGUGCAAUGCCGACACAGGAAGCAGAAAUGCGGAGGCUUUACACGAAGCAUCAAAUGUCGGCCGUGUACCACUAGAAAGGUCAAAUGCAGUUUUGAGGAAGAAGUCAAGGAUCCUCGACACAAUCCGUAUCUUUGUCUACGAGGAUCUCGGUCGCCUUCAAUAGGCAUCGAUACGCGGGCAAACGAAAGCACCGUUUUGCCCUCUUCUUCGGCUGCCCAGUCUUCCGGUUUGACGGUCCUCGAUAGAGGGAAUGCGCCGCGGUCGCUGUUGGCUGUACCAUCCCGGGAAAUCAGGACUUCGUCGACUGAUGAGGAGUUACCGAAGCAAAUUGAGCUACUCAAAGCAAGGAUUGCCGAGCUGGAGAAAUGGUUUGUCACAACUUCGUCGGAUUCAGCCGGCUACAUGAACACGCCACAAUCCCGCUCCGCGACCUCCCUAGGGAUCCCAUUUGAACCUAUUCCCUCUCUACAGGGCUAUUCAUCACCGCCUGUUAUCUCUUUGAGAUCAACUCAAAACCCCGAUGCCCCAAGUUUAUCCAGUUCUCAAGGCGCUACCAUGACUGACGGGCCCCUGAAAGCUCUUAACAGCGUUCAGUCAGAGGACCCCGUCGAUUUUGAACUACACGACCCAAUUGCGCGAACAAUUCUGACGGAAGGAGAGGCACAUGUGAUGUUCCGACUUUAUUUCUCUCACCCGCACCCAAAUGCCCCUUUCCUCGACACAGGGUUGGACUCGGAUGUUGAUAAUGUCCGGCAGAGGAGUGUUUUACUUUUCCUUGCUAUUCUUUGUAUUGGCGCUCGCUUCUGGGGCGCUUCGUCAAGAAGUCCAUGCUGGCUUCACCACAGAUAUCCGGAGCUUGUUCGAUUACUGGAUGCAGAAGUCAUGAGAGUCACGCUUCGCCCUCGGAACGACGACCAAAGACUCGAAACAAUUCAGGCCCUUAUGUUGUGUGCACAUUGGAUGCCCUUUGAUAUCUCAGCGGACAGUCAACAUUAUCAAUCUCGAUUUUCCGAAGCGGGAGCAUGGCAGUGUCUUGGUCUAGCAAUCCGAUGGGCGGGUUCCCUGGUUCUAAACCACAGAUGCUAUAAGAGUUUUAAGCACCCUGAGACGGCAACGCGCGCAGAUGCACGACGGUUCCGCACCAUGCUUUAUCUUGUGGAAAGUGACCACUACCUUGCAUUAUCCGCUCGACGCCCAUCCUACCUUGACCCCAAACCUCUUCACAGCGUGCUCAACAACUUUCUCCGAUGCCAAUAUGUCCAAACCACAGAUUUACGCUUAGCAUCUCUGUUCCGGGUGGCCUAUAGUGCCCACUUCAGUGGCUGUCGCCCAAUAACCGUCGAGAGCGUCGAGGCAUUCAACAAAGAUGUGGAGCUCAUCGAAGACCAUUUUACAUCUAGUCUGGGCGACCGAUCAAUGGACGCUCUGAGCAAACACUUCCCCUUCACAUCUCUCCGAUGGUAUAGACUAUCCUAUGCGUGUGCGUUCCUAGAUGUCAGCGAUCCCACCCAGCGUACGGGGAAAGUAUUGACCUGGGCAAUCGAGUGGGCGAGCCAAAUCCUUUUACACACGUCACAUCCACCUUCAACAGGAGUACUGAACAAGUCUAUCAUCCCUGCUCAGCUAGAGCCUGAUCCUAGCAUGGUUGACAUUAUGUCCUUUGCCAUUGACCAUUACUAUGUUGUUAUCUCCUAUGCCGCCUUCUUCCUGGUCAACAGCUGGCUGAGUAAUCUUGCAGACUUGAAUCUCCGCCCACAUAUCCAGCAACCAGUGGAAGCUCUCAGCGACGAAGCCUCCAGCUCCCUCCUAUUCCGUCUAGUAGAUGUGGCUACCCGCACCCUGGAAGCAGCAAGUCCCCCUGAAGGGCAUCUGGCACGCCGUUAUUUUGCCCUGCUCCGAGGGAUGGCGAACAUAAUUCUGUCUGGAAACGCACAUAUGCACGCUGCAAAUGCCGACCCAGGUGGUAUGUCCACAGACGUUAGUCAUUUACCAGAUUCGAUACAGAACAACCUGGGAGAAGACCUGUGGGAAAUGUGGCAACAGGCUGGUCUGGAGGCUACGGCCUGGCCGAGUCUGCUAGAUGACAUGUACUAA